UGGCCAUUAAUUACUCUGCAUCUAUUUCGAUUUUAGGUUGAGUUUGUGUCAAAAAAUUUUCAGCCAAAAAUUGACAAUGGAGUUGGCAAAAGUAUUGUUUUUUGUAGUUUGUUCUUUUAUGAUACGAGCUGCAGAAAGCUUCUAUUUGCCUGGCUUGGCCCCAGUGUCUUACUGUGAAAAACAAGAAGGUGUCGAACAAAAAUGCAAGAGUCAUAUACCAUUGUUUGUAAAUAGACUGGAUUCAGUGGAAACCAUUAUUCCAUAUGAGUACAGCAGGUUUGAUUUUUGUUCUCCUGGUAGAAAAGAUUAUGCGCCAUCUGAAAACCUUGGUCAGAUUGUAUUUGGAGAGCGAAUACAGCCAUCAGCAUAUAAUAUAACAUUUAAUGAGAAGAAAUGCAGUGUAGCAUGCACUAAAGAAUACAAAAAGGAAGAUCUCGAUAAGGAACCACUGGAUUUCAUAAAAAAUGCAAUUCGAUUAAAUUACCAACAUCACUGGAUAAUUGACAAUAUGCCAGUGACAUGGUGUUAUGAAGUGAGUACGACUGACAAAAAUAAACAAUACUGCGCAACUGGAUUUCCUGUUGGUUGUUAUGUUGACAGUGAUGGGAACCAAAAAGAUGCAUGUGUUAUAAGGCCCAAGACAUAUUCAGAAAAGGAUACAUACUAUUUGUUUAAUCACGUUGCUAUCAAGAUAAAGUAUCACAGUGGAGAAGGGGAGGACUGGGAUGGAGCACGGUUGCUCUCUGCCACAUUAUGGCCCAAUAGCUGUAAAAAAGGAUGUGAUGGGUGCCCUGAAGCUUUAGGUAUAAAGUCAAAGCAAAGUGAUCCUUUGACCAUAUCAUAUACCUAUCAAGUAGAGUUUGAGAGAGAUGACACAAUCAAAUGGGCAUCUCGUUGGGAUUACAUUCUCCAAUCCAUUCCACACACUAGUAUUCAGUGGUUUAGUAUAAUGAAUUCCUUGGUAAUCGUACUCUUCCUUUCUGGUAUGGUUGCAAUGAUUAUGUUAAGAACUCUUCACAAGGAUAUUGCUCGUUAUAAUCAACUGGAAUCAUCAGAUGAUGCCCAAGAAGAGUUUGGUUGGAAACUAGUCCAUGGUGAUGUAUUCCGUCCUCCAGGAAAAGGAAUGCUGCUUUCGGUGAUGUUAGGGACUGGUACCCAGGUUGUAACCAUGACUUCAAUUACACUUGUGUUUGCUUGUCUUGGAUUUUUGUCACCAGCAAAUCGCGGAGCUUUAAUGACGACUGUAUUGGUAUUAUUUGUUUGUCUUGGUGGUCCUGCAGGUUAUGUUGCUGCCCGAAUUUACAAAUUAUUUGGUGGAGAACGAUGGAAAACCAAUGUAUUGCUGACAUCUUUCUUAUUUCCUGGCAUCAUCUUUGGAAUUUUCUUUCUUCUCAACCUGGUUUUGUGGGCAGAACAAUCAUCAGCUGCCAUACCUUUUGGAACUUUACUUGCUUUACUUACAUUGUGGUUUGGAAUAUCUGUACCUUUGGUGUUUGUUGGCGCAUAUUUUGGCUUUCGUAAGCAAGUUAUUGAUUUACCAGUGCGUACAAAUCAGAUUCCUCGUCAAAUUCCCGAACAGAGUUUUUACAGUCGUGCAGUUCCCGGAAUAAUAAUGGGAGGAGUUUUACCAUUUGGCUGCAUCUUUAUUCAACUUUUCUUUGUCCUCAAUAGUAUAUGGUCUCAUCAAAUCUACUACAUGUUCGGCUUUCUUUUUAUUGUCUCGGUUAUUUUGAUUAUCACAGUUUCUGAAACUUGUGUUUUACUUUGUUACUUCCAUUUAUGUUCCGAGGACUAUCAUUGGUGGUGGAGGUCAUAUCUCACCGGAGCAUGUACUGCCAUCUAUCUUUUCAUCUAUUCAUUUUAUUAUUUCCAUAAGUUGACGAUUGUUGGGACGACAAGCACUGUUUUGUAUUAUGGCUACACAAGUAUCAUGGUCAUCCUAUUUUUCCUGUAUACAGGGACAAUCGGAUUCUUCGCUUGCUUUUUCUUUGUCCGCAAGAUUUAUUCAUCUGUCAAAGUCGAUUAAUAAAGAUGGUUGGUUUGUAUAUUAAAAUCGACGUAUUGUCAGACAUUGUUCCUCGUACUUCAUGACUACUUGAACGAAUUAGAUGUUUUUGCUGCACAGUGUCUUAUUUUAGUCCUUCCUUACUUGUAUUCGUGUAUAUUGUAAUGUAUAAAUAGUUUUCCUUUACCUGUGCACGUACUUCAUGUUACCUUUAAAUGAUUAUGGGCGUAAAUGUCCGGUGCACGUAGUGUCGAUUUACUGAAAAUACACAUACGAGUGAAAAUACCGGGCUCUUCAUAAAAAGGUGAUUUGUUAAUUUCUAGUUAUAGUGCUAUAACUUUACUUUUACUUUUGGUUGUUUUUUUCUCGUCAUGUUAGCUUGUUUAACUAAAUUUCACAAUGAAAA